AUAAUAAUAACGGUCACGUGAUAAUGCCCUGAAACAACCAUCGCCAUUUUGGUAGUUGUCGACGACGAUAAACCAAGAGACAGACAAUAGGUCACUUUCUGACGUCCAUUGUGUUAAAUAAAUAUUAAUAAUAAUACUUUUAAAUAAUUAUAAAUUAUCCUAAUAAUAUUAAUUAUGUUAUUAAAUUAUUAUUUAUAAAUUUUAUACAAUAACAUUUGUCUGAACAACAACAGAUGAUUAUGUUUGAAUAAGCGCGCGGCAUUAGUCAAACUUGCAAACUCGUGUGUGUGUUCGCGAGAAAGAGUAACUUUUUUUUUAUUUAACAAAAUCAAAAAAGCGUGGUGUACAUAAUAAUAUAUCCAAAUAAUAGUGUGGACAACAAUCAGGAAGAUUAUAAUUAACAAACAAAAUUAAAAAGGUGUGUGCAUUAAUGACGUCUACUAUUUGUGUUUAUUAUUACUUUUUUAUAUUUAUAACAAUUUAAUAAAUAAUCAUUUUUUUUUUUUUUUUUUAUAUAAAGUUUAUAUUUAUAUCUUGUUGAGUGAAUUAUUUUAUUUGCAACACACCAGCUGGUUACUACUACUCUCUGAUAAAUAGAACACAACAGCAGAAGUGGAUCCAUGGAAGGCACGUCGGAAGACCCUUUGGUCAAAGACCAAUCAAAUGAUACUCCGGAUAUAGCAAAAGAUGGAGUUAUUGAAAAUGGAGUAAAUGGUUUAUGUGAAAAUGACUAUCAACAAAUGGAAGUAAUUGAUGACGACGAUGAGGAUGAUGAUGAACAUAAUAAAAUGGAAACAUCAGAUGUGGCUGAUGAUAUAAGCAAAGAGGCGACAAAUGAUAAUGUUGAAGAAGCUGAAGAAGUAGCAGAAGGAGAUGAAGAUGAUACAGAAGUUGUAGAAGCAGAAGAGGGGCUAGAACAACAUGAUAAUGAUAAUGAUGAUGAUGAAGAAGAAGUUGAAAGGCUGGAUGAUGAUGAUAUUGAGGCUGAUGAUGCACCAGAUAAUACAAGUGUUGCAAUGACAUCACAAAAUGAUGAUGAUGAUAAUGAAAAAGAUGACGAAGAGGAAGAAGAAGAGGAUGGUGCAAGUGAUGAAAAUAAUGUAUUAUGUGCAGUGACAAAUGAUAAAGAUUAUGAUGAUGAGUACGAAGAAAAUCCAUUACAAGUUGAUACUGGUGAUGAUGAAAUGAUGGAAGUUGAUAGUCAUGAUAAUACAUCUGAUAUUGAAUGUUUAGAUGAUAAUGUAUUGCAAGAUCGUACAAAUGUCAAAAUAACCAAAGUAUCAACUGAUGAAAUUAAUCAAUCAACACCAACAGCAACAACAACAAGUAAUAAUAAUAAUGAUUUAAAUGAAAGUAUUGAAAUAAUAUCAAGUAUAGAUAAUAAUUCUGAUUUAAAAAUAUGUGAAGAAAAUGGUGGUGAUAGUGGUAGUGGUGGUAGUAGUAUUGGAAGUCCAGAUAUUGAAGAAAUAAUUGACAAUAAAAGUAAUGGUCAUACGCCUGAUGAAAAGUCACCCAAAGAGUCAAAACAAAAGAAGUCACGUAAACAAAUUGAUUUAAGUAAUAUAACACCAAGACGAAGUUCACGUAAUAUAAAACGUACUAGUUAUACGGAAAAAGAACCAGAAGAAGUUAUUGAUGAUAAUUCUGACAUUGAAGAAAUAAAACCAGAAGAUCCAUUGGCUGUUGUUGAUAGUAAAGAUAAAGAAAAUACAAAAUUAUUAUUAAAAUCACCAAUUAAAAUUAAUAAUAAUAAUAAUAAAACAACAAUUGUUGUUAAUGAUACAAAACGUCUUGUUGAAAUUGCUGCUGGUAGUAAAUCAUCAAAAGGUGGUGGUAAAAAAGAACCAACACUUGUUAUUAUUGAUACAAAUUCAAUAUUAUCUGGACGUGGUGGUAUACCAGUAUCAUCAUCAUCAUCCUCAUCAAAUAAUUCAAUUAAUAAUAAAUCACAUUCACAUUCAGUAUCAAGUACAAGUUCAUUUUCUGUUAUGCCAGUUAAUUUAAGUGGUACAACUAUGUAUUCAAAUAUGAGAACAACCAUAACACCUGUACCAAUGACAGCUAAAUCAAUUCAUCAAAUGACAUCAAAAUUAGGUAGUAGUAUAACUGCUGUACCAAUGACAUCAUCAUCGUCAUCAUCACAAUUACCAAUAACAAUAUCAUCAACAUCAAUUACACCAUCAUCGUCAUCAGCACAUCAUCAACAUCAACAACGACAAUUUCAACAACAACAACGACAUCAUGAGCAACAACAAAGACAUCAUGAACAACAGCAAAGACAUCAUGAUCAACAACAAAGACAUCAUGAACAACAGCAACAACAACAUGAACAACAACAACAAAUAUUACCAACAUUAACUGAUGAUAUGUUUGUUGUUGAAGCACCAUCAUUUAUUGUUCCAUAUGUUUAUGAAAAACCACCAGUUAUACCAUUGAAGGAAUAUGUUACAAAACUUGAUAAAUGUAUUGAAGAACGUGAACGUAUUGAUCGUGAAAAAAAACGUGAAGCAAAAAAAGCCAAAAAAGAAAGUGGUGGUGGUGCUGAUGGUAAAAAAGAUGAUGCUAAUAAUCAUCAUGAUGAUUCAUCAGAUUCUGAUGAUGAUGAUGAAGAUGAUGAUGAUGUUAUUGUUGAUAAUUCUAGUAAUAAUAAUAAUAAUGUUAAUAAAACAAAUAAUGAUGAUAAUAAUUCAACAACAACAAAUGAUAAUAAAUCAAUAAAUGAUGAUAAAUCAUCAAUAAAUGAUGAAAAAAUUGAUGAAAAAAUUAAAACAUAUUUUGAUUUACCAUUAGGAAAAUUUUUUAUGCAAAUUGGUGUUAAUCUUGUACAAGAAUUUGUUCAAACAGAUUUAUUAAGAACACAAAAACGUAAACAAAGUAGAGGUGGUGGACAAGCAUCAGCUGAAACACAAAUAGCUAUUAAUUCACUUAUUAAAAAUUUAGAAUUUAGUAAGGAAAAUAAUGAACCAUUCCGUUUAGAAAUGAAAAAAUGUGAAUUUUGUAAUUUUAAAACAGAAUCAUUACUUGUUAUGCAAAAUCAUUUGGAAACACCGCAUAUGAAAAAUUAUCUUUAUAAAUGUAAUUUUUGUCCAUUGGAAGUACGUAGUCCUCAUGACAUACGUUUUCAUAUGGAAGCUGAACAUAAUACACGUAGUAGACUUGAAAAAGGACCAGCAUUUCAUCAAUGUCCAAAUUGUCCAUUUGAAGAUAAUCAAAAGGGUAAAUUAACAAGACACAUAUUAUUAUGUGCUAAAAAAUAUAGACCAGAAAAAAAUUUAGAACCAUCAAGUGAUUGGGAGCCACCAGCUAAAAUACCAAGAUUAAAUCGUGCUAGAAAUUCUAGUGGUGGACCACUUAAUACAAAUGCAUUGGCAAUGGCUAUGAGUGCCAAAGGACAACAACCAUUAUUACCAAAACUAUUGCCAGCUCCAUCAGCUGGACGUGGUAGAGGAAGACCGCCAAUGCAACCAAGAUUUUCUGAUAUGAAAGGAUUAAGACCUGGUGGUGGAGGUGGUGGUGGAUCCUCUAGACAAGAUAACAGUAUGCCUGGUAUGAUGUAUAGACCAACAUCAUCUGGACUAUUAGUUCCAACAUCAUAUCAAUUUGGUAGCAAUCAAUUAUUCUCAAAUACAACAGUCAGUUCAAAAAGUAGUCCAACAGCAAAACUACUUAGUCAACCAAGUAUAUCAAUAACACCAUUACCACGUACAACAUCACAAACACCAGUAUCUGGAUCUGGUUCAUCAUCAAAAACUGGUGGAAAAAAUACAUUUGUUAUUUGUGAAAUUUGUGAUGGUUACAUCAAGGAUUUAGAACAACUUCGUAAUCAUAUGCAAUGGAUUCACAAAGUCAAAAUACAUCCAAAGAUGAUUUACAAUAGACCUCCUUUGAAUUGUCAAAAAUGUCAAUUUAGAUUCUUUACUGAUCAGGGCUUGGAGAGACAUUUACUUGGUUCUCAUGGACUUGUCACAUCCAGUAUGCAAGAGGCAGCUAACAAAGGAAAAGAUGCUGGUCGUUGUCCAGCUUGUGGAAAGGUUUAUCAAUGGAAGCUAUUAAAUCAUGUUGCACGUGAUCAUUUGAUGACAUUAAAACCAGCUCAUUUGUCUUAUAAAUGUACAGUAUGUACAGCAACAUUCGGAAUGUAUAAACAAUUUGAAAAUCAUGUGUAUUCAGCUCACAGUGCACAGAGUAAACAAUAUAAAAAAAAUUCAUCACCAGCAUCACCAUCACCAAGAUCAAGUGAUUCACUUCUUAAGCCAUUAAAAAUUAACGAUGAAAUAACAAUAAUACCACAACCAGCAAAACCAACGACAAGAUCUGGUGGUGGUUCACAAGGCAGAAACAAAUAGCAAUCAUCUGACGAGUGAUACGUGAAUCUUGUCUCAAUCAAUAUAUCGCGUAAUUGAAUAAUUAAUUAAGUACUCGACUUAUAUUAAUCUUAAAUAAAAAAAAAAAAAAAACAAGUAAAAUAAAAAAACAAAUCUUUUUAAUAACGGUAAAUAAUAAAUCGUUGAUUUCAUUUAAAAAAUAAUAAAAAAACACAUCAGAUUUAAUUAUACAUACAAAUUACAAAUAAUAUUAUUUAAAAAAAAAUAAAUAAAUAAAACAAAUGGUGAUCUAUAUAGUUAAAAACAAAAAUAAUAGGAUACACUCGGGAAUCACAUGAAAAAAAAAUUAGUUGACUGUAAUAUUAUUCCAAUCAAUAUGAUGACUAUGCCGAUUUAUUUAUUUAAGAAUUUUUAUCGUUGUUAACAGACAUGCAUAAAGAAAAUAGACUGUAAAAAUAAUUAAAAAAAAUAAUUAUAAUAACAAUUAUUAAAUCACAAAAAAUUAUAUAUAUAAAAGAAAAAAAAUAAAAAAGAGUUGCCUUCAGUAUGACUCCUCGGUUGAUCCUGCAAAACUCUUAUUACAGAUUAAUUAAUUAAAAUUAAUUAAAAAUAACGCCUACACAAAUUUUAGUCGUGUGAACUACUCGUGUGAUUCAAUAAUUAAAUAAAUAAACAAUUUAAAGAGUAGUGUUUAUAUAUAUAAAUAUAUUUUAUGGGAUUUAAAAAAAAUAAAAACUAUUAUUAUUUUCUCUGAUGAAACAAAAUAAAUAAUUUGUAAAACAUUUAAAAAAAAAAAAAAGAAAACAAUAUGAGUUUAGAAAUUUUUUUUAAAUUAGAAAAAAAAACAAAGUACAUUAUUAUUUACUUAUUUUUUAUUAAAAAUUAAUGAUGGAUUUAUCCGAGUGUUAAUUAAAUUAUGAUAAAAAUUAAAAAUAAUAAUUACACAAAGAAAAUUUAAAGAAAAUAAAUUUGUUUUAAAUGUUAUUUGAAUAAAAAAGGGAAUAAUUAUUUAAAUAUAUUUUUGUAAUGAUUAUAAAAAAAAAAAAAAAAUAAUUUCAUUAUUGUUUUAUUGCUGUUAUAAUUGUUUAAUUUUUUUUUUUUCUUCUCCCAAUUUAAUAAAUCAAUAACAUAAUGAACUACUGCUGUGUGUGUAUAUGAUAUGUUUUUUCAUAAGACGUGAGUGUCAUUAUUUUUAAUUGGACAAUUGAUUUCAAUAUUAUAAAUAAAAAAAAAAAAGAAAUUUAAGAAAAAUAUUAAAGAAAAUCUGUAAAGUGUAUCUAUUUACAUUGGACUUUAUUUUGUCCCAAUGAAUUGUCAUAAUAAAUAAAUAAAAAUUAAAAAAAAAGUCAAAAAAUUAAAAAA